UCUACAGUACCGCGUGGUAAGAAGUUCCUGUGCUCUGUUAGAGGAGCACGCUCUCACUCGGGGAGCUAAAAGUUUUAAUUUAGGAAGAAUAUACACCGUAAAAAAUGUUAGUUUUAUUUGAAACAGCUGCCGGCUAUGCUAUAUUUAAGGUGCUGGAUGAGCAGAAGCUCCAGCAGGUGGACAGCCUGUGGAAGGAGUUCGAAACGCCAGAGAAGGCCAAUAAAAUAGUCAAACUGAAGCACUUUGAAAAGUUUCAGGACACGACAGAAGCUCUGGCAGCGGCCACUGCGUUAGUGGAGGGGAAGCUCGGAAAGACGUUAAAGAAGGUUCUGAAGAAAGUGGUGGCCAAAGAGGCUCAUGAGCAGCUGGCGAUAACAGACGCUAAGCUGGGAGGAGUCAUUAAAGACAAGCUGAACCUGAGCUGCGUGCACAGUCCCGCUGUGGCUGAGCUCAUGAGGGGCAUCAGGGCGCAGAUGGAGGGGCUGAUCACCGGACUUCCUCCCAGAGAGAUCAGCGCCAUGUCUCUGGGUCUGGCCCACAGCCUUUCUCGUUACAAGCUCAAGUUCAGCCCUGACAAAGUGGACACCAUGAUUGUUCAAGCCAUAUCUCUCUUGGACGACCUGGACAAGGAGUUGAACAACUACGUCAUGCGCUGUCGCGAGUGGUACGGCUGGCACUUCCCUGAACUCGGCAAGAUCGUCACGGACAACCUGGUGUACUGCAAGACCGUCCGCAAGAUCGGAGACCGCACAAACGUGGCGAGCACCGACCUGUCUGAUGUGUUGCCGGAGGAGGUGGAGGCAGAGGUCAAACUCGCUGCAGAGAUCUCCAUGGGAACAGAAGUGUCUGAGGAGGACAUCAACAACAUCAUGCAUCUGUCCGACCAGGUUCUUGAGAUCUCAGAGUAUCGCACUCAGCUGUAUGACUACCUGAAAAACCGCAUGAUGGCCAUCGCGCCAAAUCUAACGGUCAUGGUGGGGGAACUGGUGGGAGCUCGGCUCAUCGCUCACGCUGGUUCCUUGCUGAACUUGGCGAAACACCCAGCGUCUACGGUGCAGAUCCUGGGGGCGGAGAAAGCUCUCUUCAGAGCACUAAAGACCAGACGGGACACGCCCAAAUACGGGCUGAUCUACCACGCUUCCCUGGUGGGCCAGACCACGGCGAAAAACAAGGGCAAGAUCUCCAGAAUGCUGGCGGCCAAGACGGCCCUGACCGUCCGCUAUGACGCGCUGGGCGAAGACACCAACACCGAGUUGGGAAUGGAGAACAGAGCCAAGCUGGAGUUGCGACUGCGCCAGCUCGAGGAGAAAGGGAUGAGACGCAUCAGUGGAUCAGGAAAAGCUCUGGCCAGAGCCGACAAGUACCAGCACAAGAGCGAUGUUAAAUUGUACGACCCAUCUGGCGACUCGACGCUUCCAACCGCCGCCAGAAAGAGAAAGAUCGAAGAGGUGGAGGAGGCAGAGGAAGAAGACAAGCCCGUGGUGGUUAAAGCCAAGAAAGUGAAGAAGGAAAUGCCAACAGAAGAAGCUGAAGAGGCAGCUGCAGAAGAAACCGAGACGCCCAAGAAGAAAAAGAAAAAGAAAGACAAAAAGCAAGAGGAGGAAGUGAAGAUGGAGGAGGAGGAGGCUGUGGCUGGUCCAUCAGAAGAGACAACAGGGAAAAAGAAGAAAAAGAAAGCUGAAGAGCCCAAAAAGGAGAAAGAGGAGUUAAUCAGUCCCACAGAAGAGACUCCAGAGAAGAAGAAGAAAAAGAAGAAAAAAGUUAAAGAGGAGGAAGGAGAAUAAAAUUCCCUCAACAAUAUUUAUAUGGAAUUUUGUACAUCUUUGGACUUGGAGGUGUGUCGUGUUGUGGGCACAUGACUGUCGACCUGACCAGUUUCGCACUGGUAUCAUAAGACUGUGGUUUUUUUGUUUUUGUUUAACAAAACAUAAUUUCAUUACUUUUUAAACUGUUUUAGAAAUCAUGUCUGUUCACAGCUUAGUUGGAAAAACCUUUUGUGCGCGCGCACGCGUGCGACUGUUUUUUGAUUUCUUUGAAGAAAAUGAAUUGUUCUAAAACUGAGCAGUCGAGAGAAAUGUCGACUUUGAGUCUGUUUCACGUCACUUAUUAAAUAUCUAUUUUGUUA